UACUUGUAAUAGUUAAAACGUAUUGUCUACCUGAUCAUUAAAUAAUAAUAAGCGGCAUGUUAAAGUGUCUAUUAUACAUUACGAAAUCUAAUUUACUGAUGAAAUUUCCGUGGUUUGCGUGCUUUAACGCUAAACUUGCCGAGCAAUUCUUUACGUAAUAUUUCUCAUGCGUUUUAUAGCAUGCAAUGGAAGCGGACACAUUCAUCAGUGAGACCUUGUCGAAUACUCAUGAACAUUUGAAACUUUAUGCUCUUUGAGUUUUCGAAGUGUCAAAGAAAUCGUGUUUAAUCUUUUAAUUUGGUGAAUAUUUCAAAAAUUCAACGAUUUAAGUCAAAUCUUUCAUCAAGUGGAUGGUGUAAAUUUCACAAGAUGGAUACUAUAUAUAAUAGUACAUUUAUUGAAGGGGAAACUAACAGACUGCAAUGGCAAGACUAUCUUGUGAUCGCCGCAAUUAUGUCGAUCUCUGUCAUUAUCGGACUCUACUAUCGAUUCAGCGGCGGACGACAAAGCACUGCAUCGGAAUACUUCUCCGCAGACAACUCAUUGGGCAUUUUACCUCUAUCAAUCGCAAUGAUGGCAUCUCAUGUAUCAGGAAUUACUAUGCUAGGAAUGAGCGGGGAAAGUUAUAUCCGCGGUCUGAUGAUUGUAAUAUUUUAUACCACCGGGAUAUACAUCGUGCCAAUCAUAGCAUUUUGUUAUCUACCAGUAUUUUUCGAGCUGAAGGUUGUAAGCAUUUAUCAGUAUCUGGAAAUGCGAUUUGGGUUGAAUUUGCGGUUGCUCGUAAGUGCAGCUAAUUUCACUGAAACAAUGUUAUUGACCGGAGUGAUACUAUACGCUCCUGCGUUAGCUCUCGAAGCUACCACAGGCUUGUCUAGUACCAUGAGCAUUUUGGUACUCGGUACAAUCUGUACCAUUUAUUCAACGUUAGGUGGUAUCAAAGCGGUUUUGAUUACCGAUAUCUUCCAGGGCUUACUUAUGCUACUCGCACUUUCCAUCAUUAUCAUCAUUAUCACCCAGAACAUCGACGGAGGAAUCGGUGCUGUUUGGCGCAUCGCACAAGAGGGAAAUCGUACACAUUUUUCUGAAGCAUCUUUAGAUCCAACUGUACAAUACACGUGGUGGAGUCUUUUAAUUGGAGGAGGAUCAAUAGGUCUUGCAUAUAUGGCAGUGAACCAGGUGCAAGUUCAACGUUUAAUGACUGUUAAAAACGUAAACGUGGCCACAAAAGCACUGUUACUGUGUGGUCCAUUUAUUUUCGUGGUAGGCUUUUUAACAUGCUUCGCCGGAUUAACAAUUUACGCGGUCUAUAAAGAUUGCGAUCCUGUUGCUUCUGGAAAAAUUUCGACCUAUGACAAAAUAUUGCCGUAUUUCACCGUGGAGAAUUUAUCACCUGGAGUAGUUGGUCUUAUCGUUUCCGGUGUCUUUAGCGCCAGCCUAAGCACGAUUUCCGCUAUGAUGAAUUCGUUAGCUGCGGUGGCACUCGAGGACUAUGUAAAGCCAUUACACCGAAAAUUUGGAAAGGAUUUAUCAGACAAAAGGACCACUUUGAUAGCCAAACUUCUUAGUACUAUAAAUGGCAUUAUUUCUAUGUGUUUAGCGUUACUUGCGACAACAAUGGGUGGAAUAGUCGCCAUUGCCUUUAGCAUUCAUGGAGCUAUUGGCGGGCCGAUUUUAGGAAUUUUUACUCUCGGAAUGUUCACUGAAAGUGCUAACGAGGUGGGAACUAUUAUUGGCUCAAUUACAGCGUUAAUCAUUUGCUUGUCGGCCGCUUUCGGUCCUAAACCACCAGUUCCAAAGUUAUCGGUAUCGAUCGAAGGUUGCGCGAAUUCUACAUCGAUGCUUACGGAACAAACGUAUUUUAACAGUACUAUAAAACCAGAUCCGUCGUCGUACUUCUAUUUGUCUCGCAUCUCCUAUUUAUGGUACAAUCCUAUAGGACUGGUGAUUACUCUGGUAGUUGGAUAUGUGGCGAGUUUUAUAGUUCGGCGUAUUCAAGGCGGAAAUAAUAUCGAACAUGAUCCAAGAUUAUUUGUACCAUUCCUGGCCAAAAGGAUCAGACGGCGCCGCCAGAAGGCAGAAAAAACCACGAACAGUCAAAUAUUUGUUUUGGAACUUGACCGUAUAAGAUAAUUUUAUAAUUAUUCAGAAUGCAUUAUCUCAUUAAAUCAAACGCAAUAAUCCAAUUAUAUAUAAAUAUAAUAAUUGACAGACUGUACAAAUACAGUUAUUGAAAAUGUUACAAGUGAUUAUGUUAUUUAGAUGAUGUUUACUUAAUUCAUUUUUAUAUGUCUAAACAGAUUUAAUAGAUAUACAUAGUCAUAAAUAGUUUUACUAUUUAUUAUGCAUUAUUCAUGUCUUGUAUAGAAUUUUACAGUGUUGCAUUAUUAUAAUAAAAUUGUAUUUUUAUGAUGAUAUAAAUAAAACGCAUGUAUCACAGUG